AUGGCAGUAGUUAUCCCUACCAAAGGAUCUGAAUUUAGCAUGAAACUGCGCAACAGUGACCUUUCUUGGGAUGUUUUUUUGGAGAAAGUCUAUAAUCUCAAAGGCAAGGAAUUCAUAGCUACAGAUCAACCAGUAGAAACAAUUACAAACAUUCUCUUUUCAUCUGGAACGACGGGUGAUCCAAAGGCAAUUCCAUGGACCAAUAUUACUCCUCUAAAAGCUGCUGCAGAUGCAUGGUGCCACAUGGACGUUCGUAAAGGGGAUGUGGUGUGCUGGCCCACUAAUCUUGGAUGGAUGAUGGGGCCAUGGCUAGUGUAUGCAUCCUUGCUAAAUGGAGCUUCAAUGGCUUUAUAUAUUGGAUCCCCUCUUGGGUCUGGCUUUGCCAAGUUUGUACAGGAUGCUAAAGUAACAAUGCUUGGUGUUAUUCCAAGUAUUGUACGGAGUUGGAAAAGUGCAAAUUCCACAUCUGGAUAUGAUUGGUCUUCUAUCCGUUGCUUUGGCUCCUCUGGUGAAGCAUCUAAUGUAGAUGAAUACCUUUGGCUGAUGGGGAGAGCUCUCUACAAGCCUAUUAUUGAAUAUUGUGGUGGAACGGAAAUUGGGGGUGGAUUUGUGUGUGGAUCAGUACUACAGGCUCAGGCAUUGUCUGCUUUUAGUACACCUGCUAUGUGUUGCAGUUUGUAUAUCCUUGAUGAUAGUGGCCAUCCUAUUCCAGAAAAUGUUCCAGGAAUAGGCGAGCUGGCUCUGGGUUCCCUCAUGUUUGGGGCAUCAAAUACACUGCUGAAUGCUGACCAUCAUGGUGUCUAUUUCAAAGGAAUGCCUGUAUUGAAUGGAAAGGUUUUACGGAGGCAUGGGGAUGUAUUUGAGCGUACUGCUAGAAAAUACUAUCAUGCACAUGGUCGUGCGGACGACACAAUGAACCUUGGGGGAAUCAAGGUGAGUUCGGUUGAGAUUGAACGCAUAUGCAACGGAGUAGAUAGUAGUAUUCUGGAAACAGCUGCAAUAGGGGUCCCACCAUCUGGUGGUGGACCUGAGUUGUUGACUAUAGCAGUUGUAUUCAAGGAUUCAAGUGUCACAAAGCAAGAUUUACAGCAAUUGAGGAUGUCUUUUAAUUCAGCUCUCCAAAAGAAACUAAAUCCUCUGUUUCGGGUUUCUCAAGUAGUACCACUGUCAUCUCUUCCAAGGACGGCAUCCAACAAGGUCAUGAGAAGGGUUUUGCGUCAGCAGCUUACCGAAACUAACCAAAGUUCUAAAAUUUAA